GAAAGAACUGUUUUAAGUAGGGGGAAAAAAAUAAGAGUGUAAAAGUAAAGGAAGGGAUCAGACUCCUAGUUUCAAAACGAUCAGACUCCUAAGCGAAGUCGCUUAUUCCUGCUGCGCUUCUUCAACCAUAAACGCCCAGGAUUGAGUUGGCUUAAUUUCAGAUCAAUUGAGAAGACAACGCUAGCUAGCUCAUCAUUUUCAAUAGGUCUUUCUAUUUCAUGGCAAAGGAAAACGUCUCUGAUCUAGAUUUUACUGAUAUCUCUGCGCUCUUAGUCCCCGAAAAUGAAGAACAUCAGGGAGACGUCUUUUCAUUAUACGCCGAGGAGCUGCAGCUCCAGGAGACACUAAUGGGUUCUGUGAUCAUUUCUCAAAUGAAGAUGAGUAACCCACCAUCGGCUUUGAUGAUUGAACCACCUCCAGCGGAAAAUCUCCAGGAAGCGGGUCAGUCCUCCUCCCUCGAGAUGUGUUUCUGCGAGAUUUGUACGGAAACGAAAGAAAGUAAUCAAAUGUUCACAACUGACCGCUGUGCUCACUCUUACUGCUCCGACUGUAUAAGCAAACAUGUGGCUGCAAAGAUUGAAGAUAGUAUUACAAAAGUUACUUGUCCUGGAUUGAAUUGCGAAACAGUGCUUGAAUUGGAGACUUGUAGGGUUAAGCUCUCCAAGGAAGUGAUUGGUGUUUGGGAAGAAGCGCUAUGCAAGGAGCUAAUCAAUGCAUCGCAGAGGUUUUAUUGCCCAUUUAGGGAUUGUUCAGCCAUGUUGGUGGCCGAUAAUGAAGGAGAAACCAUUAACGUUGCUGAGUGCCCCUUCUGCCAUAGAUUGUUCUGUGCUCGAUGUUAUGUCCCUUGGCAUUCUGGGGUUGAAUGUGAGGUGUAUCAGAAGCUGAAUGAAGAUGAAAGAGGACGAGACGAUCUGAUGGUGAUGGUAAUUGCCAAGGAAAAGAAAUGGAGUAGAUGCCCCAAUUGCAAAUUCUUCGUGGAGAGAACAGAAGGCUGCCCACGUAUUGCUUGCAGGUGUGGUUUCCAGUUCUGCUAUGGAUGUGAAUCGCCAUGGACUAGCUAUGAAACGCAUGGUCAGUGCGAGAGAAAAUAACUUGGCUGGAGACUGGUAUGCAUUUACAGUAGGAUAAAUUACUAUCAAGUUAUAUGAUUAAAACGUUCUUCUACAUAGUACAAGAAACCUCUAUAAGAAGUUUGCUUCCACAAUGGGGAAAGGUGUGAGAGAAGAAAGUAGUGUGAGCAGAUAAUGCAAUGUGAAUGGUUAGAAAGCAAAUUGUACUAACCUAUGGCCUAUGAUCGUCUUUUUAUUUUUUAUGUUUUAAUUAAGAUUCUUGCAUUGAUUUUUCACAUUUUUACUGUGAUUUGUGUAUAUAUCUUUACUUUUUGAUGUUCCAA